CAUACUUAAGUCUUCCCAUGUUUGCCUUUGCUUUAACGCCAAAAAAAAAAUUACAUAAUAAAUUUGAAAUUGUUAAAUAAAUAGAAAAUGUUUUCGCUUUCGAAGCGUUUCGCUUAUAGUAUGUUUCGUGCGAUUUUUUACAAAAUGAUGCAAAAGAUACGAACGACUAAAAACCGCACGGAUGCAACACCAUCCGUAUUAGUACUCGUACUACUGUUUGUGAUCAUCUACUACUGUGGCUAUCGCAUACGCCGCGGUUAUAAAACAGAUUUAGAUUUGGAGUAUGGCGAUAUGAGAGGAUCGUGGGAUUUAAAUGACACGUUGGAUUUUGGAGAGUCUGAUGAGAAAUAUGUAGUGUUUGAUGGGGUUUGUAAAAUACCACGUAUCAAUCCCUUCACAGCGCCUAUAGCACAUGUACGUCCGCCAGAUGCGAAUUGUGCAACGGGACUCCAACGUGCAAAACCAUUGGUCUCUAAGCGUUUGGAUAAUAUAACUGAUCGUUAUUAUUUGCAUAUAAAUGAGCAAUGGAAGCCGUUCUACUUGCGAGAGAGCGCUGAGCUUACUUGUUGUUUCAGAGAGAUAAAGAACGCCCAAGCCAGUGUUGAUAAGCCGAAUGGCACUCCGUGCUAUAUCUUCAAGCAAGACUUUUUCAUAUCACUCGAUAUGAUUGGAAUCAUCGUUAAAUGUAUGCAGCGUGGCGAUAAGAAAAUUAUUUUUAUGGAUGCCUUUUCGUUCAUGCAUAAACGGAAUUUCAGCAAAACCUCGCGAGAUGAGAAGAAGAUAGGUGUAUUGCUCUUGGGUUUGGAUAGUCUGUCGCAGAUCAAUUUGCGCCGCCGUAUGCCGAACACAUACCGUUACUUAAAAGAAAACAAAAAUCAGUGGCACGAAUUGUUGGGAUUUAAUAAGCUCGGCUAUGAUGCCUUUCCCAAUUUGAUGGCGCUCUUAACGGGUCACAAUCUUCAAACGCUGGAAAUUAUAUAUGGUUGUAAGCAAGGUGGUAUUCUAGACAAAUGUCCCUUCCUUUGGCGACAAGUCAGUGCUAUGAGCAUGCCCACCGCUUACGCUGAGGAUUGUGUGAGAGGGCACAACACGGCCACAUUAAGGUUCCAAGGUUCACCCACAGAUUAUUACCUCGUACCAUUUAUGCAGACCAUUGAGCAACUCAUGCAAACGGACGCACACUUCAUAAGACCACAAUAUUGCGUGGGACCACGCCUGCAAGCCUCUUAUGUGUGGAAUUAUGCCGUUGAGUUCGCGCAGUCUUUUGCCGGCCAUGGUGGUUUAGGUCUAUUUUGGUUGAAUAGUGUUAGCGAGCAUCACGUGAUCCCAAAAAUGAUUGAUGAUGAAUUUACCAAAUACUUGGAGUUACUGCAAACCAGCGAGAUACUCGAGAAUUAUGUCGUGAUAUUACUCAGCGCCAAUGGUAUGAUGCACGGUCGUCUCAGCAAACUUGAGAGCGGUUUCUAUGAAGAACGUUUACCGUUUCUUUUCAUCUCACUACCGCAAGCCUGGAGGAGCACACAUCUGGCUUUAUUUCAAGCCAUACAACUCAAUCGCAACCGUUUGGUUAGCCCCUUGGACUUGUAUCAGACCAUCCAACAUGUGCUGGCGCUCGGCGCUGGCGAAAAGCCACAUUUAAUGGCCUUAACUGACUGCCCGAACUGCCAGUCCUGCCUCAGACCAAUAAUGGGGAAUCGGAGCUGCAACGAUGCUGGCAUCGAUUGGUUUUGGUGCAGCUGUGAACCCUUUAUUGCCAAGGUGGCCAAUUCACAUGCGACCAGCCUCAUAAUGAGAGCACUGCUGACGCAUCUGAACGACUUGCUAAAGCAGGCUCGUUUGCUUAAUAGAAAAUGUGGAGUUUUAAGCGUGCGCACGAUCUAUGGUGUUUAUAAUGAUCAAGAGGACAGCGAUUAUUAUUAUGUUAAAUUUAAGGCAUCGUUGAAGAAUGCCGAAUUUGAGCUUGCGUUUUGGUAUAGUGAAGAUGAGCAAAAGAUUUUGCUGGAUGAGAGCAAACUGAAUCGUUUGGAUCACGAGGCUAUUGGCUGUGUAGCAUCGCAGAAUAGGUUGCUGAGUAAACUUUGUGUCUGUCUCCAUAAUGAGUAGAAUGAGUUAGUAGCGGACUAUGGAGAAGGUAGGCAACAACUUUUGAGAAAAUCAUGUAAAUGAUUUCAACGGAUUAUUAUAAAAUUUGUAAUUGUAACGUUAAAUUAAUAAAGCCUUGUGUUGCA